ACGGCCGCUGGGUGGGACGACACGACACGACACGACACGACGACUCUCCCAAUUGCAGCGAGCGAGGGGAGGACGCACUCUGUCAAAAAACGCACUCGCCGCUGACCGCAACCGGACAUCGUGGACGGCAUCCUUGCAUUUUGUAAAGAUCAGAGGGUGUUUUUGUAUCCGGGUCGUGUCUGUCGGUGCAGGGCGGGUGAUUGAGAGUUGUUUCUCCCUGCAUCUCCCCCACUGUAUCUCUCUCCCCCACUGUAACCCAGGGCGGUCUCCAGCUCUGCUGCCGCUGCUGCUGCUGUUGCUGUCAUGGCGCUCGCUGCCGGGGUCGCCGCCAUCGCCACCGGCACCAGCAGGAAGAAAGUGUGUUAUUACUACGACGGUGACAUCGGAAACUACUAUUAUGGUCAGGGGCACCCCAUGAAACCACAUCGAAUCCGUAUGACUCAUAAUCUGUUGCUGAAUUAUGGUUUAUACCGAAAGAUGGAAAUUUAUCGACCACAUAAGGCUACAACUGAGGAGAUGACAAAGUACCAUAGUGAUGACUAUGUCAAAUUUCUGCGGUCAAUACGACCAGAUAACAUGUCAGAAUACAGCAAACAGAUGCAAAGAUUUAAUGUUGGAGAAGAUUGUCCUGUAUUUGACGGAAUGUUUGAAUUUUGUCAGCUAUCAACGGGAGGUUCAGUCGCUGCAGCAGUAAAACUCAAUAGGCAACAGACUGACAUUGCAAUCAACUGGGCUGGAGGCCUUCAUCAUGCCAAGAAAUCUGAAGCAUCAGGUUUUUGUUAUGUCAAUGAUAUUGUUCUCGCCAUCCUUGAAUUACUGAAAUACCAUCAGAGAGUUUUGUAUAUUGAUAUUGACAUUCACCAUGGAGAUGGUGUGGAAGAAGCCUUUUAUACAACGGACCGUGUAAUGACUGUUUCAUUUCAUAAAUAUGGUGAAUAUUUCCCUGGCACAGGUGAUCUACGGGACAUAGGGGCUGGGAAAGGUAAAUAUUAUGCUGUCAACUUUCCAUUGCGAGAUGGAAUUGAUGAUGAAUCUUACGAACAAAUAUUUAAGCCAAUUUUGACCAAGGUUAUGGAAAUGUACCAGCCCAGUGCUGUUGUACUUCAGUGUGGGGCUGAUUCAUUGUCAGGAGACAGACUUGGGUGUUUCAAUCUCACAUUAAAGGGUCAUGCCAAAUGUGUGGAGUUCAUUAAGACUUUCAACUUGCCUCUCCUGAUGCUCGGAGGUGGAGGAUAUACAAUCCGCAAUGUUGCUCGUUGCUGGACAUAUGAGACAGCUGUAGCGCUGGAUACAGAAAUUCCAAAUGAGCUACCGUACAAUGACUAUUUUGAAUACUUUGGGCCAGACUUCAAACUACACAUCAGUCCUUCUAAUAUGAUGAACCAGAACACACUGGAAUAUAUGGAAAAAAUAAAAUUGCGUUUGUUUGAAAACCUACGCAUGUUGCCUCAUGCUCCUGGUGUCCAGAUGCAAGCAAUCCCAGAAGAUGCUAUUCAAGAAGAUAGUGGAGAAGAGGAUGAGGAGGAGGAUACUGAAAAACGGAUUUCAAUUCGAGCAUCUGAUAAACGAAUAGCUCGUGAUGAGGAAUUUUCAGACUCUGAAGAUGAAGGAGAAGGAGGCAGAAGAAAUGUUGCACUCCAUAAGAAAUGUACCAAGCGAGCCAGAAUUGAUGAAAAGAAAGAGCCAGAAGAGAGAAAACAUGAUAUCAAAGAGGAAGACAGACCUAAAGAUAGCAAUCCAGACAUAGCAGAUGUAAAGGGGAUCAAGUCUGAACAAACCAUCAAAUAGAAUGAGAAAAUGCUGGAAAUAUUUACCAGGUUAGGUAGCAUGUUACCAGAUAAAGUUAUAAUUUCAGAUCAGUGGUCUUUCAUCAGAAUCUAUGAACAUUGGAGCCCAUUAAUGAAGCAAAUGGUGGUCAUAUCUCAAAGAAACAGUUCUGUUUUUGAAGACUAAAAGAUAUUUGUACUUUUUCAAGUGGACCACAUAUUUAUUUCAAAACUGGGCAUUUGUGUUGGUCAGAUUUUUUUUCUUGACAUUCUUAAACAAGUACAAACAGUCCUAAUUAUGAAAUUGAAAGAAAGAUUUGGGUUGACAACAACCCUACCAUGUUGCAAAUAAUAGCAUUUGUAAUUAAUGUUUUUUAACCAAACGAUUUUGCUUUUAAUUGAGCUAUCUGUUACUUUGUUGAACUCUUUUUAUUAUCUUUUACAAAUGUUUGUAAUUAAAUGGUAUAUAACUAAAUGGUGCAGGAGUGUAUGUGAUUGUGUAAGACGUUACACUGUGAUAAAUGUUAAAUACCACCGUGGUUUCUCACUUUGUAAUUUAAUGACAUCUUCAGUACUACUUUAGUAUUUUCACUUGGCACAACAAUACAAGAAGGACAUUCUGUUUGUGAGCACCAAUUUCAAGCUAAAAUGCUAUGCAUGUGAUCAACAUAAUUUUAGGUAUUUUAAGGAUUAGAGCUAAAUUCAUUAUUGUGACUGAAAUAAUGGAAUUCUGUUUUGCAUGUGACUGUAGACUUGGCAAAUGCUUGGUGUAGCAAUGCUGUCAGCUAUCUAUGUGGGGAAAUCAUUUGAUAAGAGGAAUAUUACUUUGGACUUUUCUCAAAUAAUUAUUUUAAUGAUAUGAUAUGAGGGGAAAAAAAGUUCAUAGCAUUUAAUAGAGUUUGGUUUCCCAUGCCCUAAAAUCUCUUUCCAUUUACAUCUUCAUCUCUUGGCUCCCAUAUGUCCCGUAUCCCAUAUUCUGGCCCAGAAUCACUCAACAUCAAACUUAAGUGGUUUCCAAAGGCUUUCAGUAUAUUGUCAUUUUAUUUUUGGUUGAGUAACAGUAGGUAUCUUGCAUUUAGAUAUAGUAUUUCUUGUCAUAAAGGCAACACGCCUUUUAAAACACUUUGAAAAGUCAAUACACAAGUUCAUUUGGCGGUUCCUCAGUGUGCUACUCUAGAAAGGCAGGGGGCUAGAAUAGGAUCUUUGCUAUUAUAUUAAAAUUGGAGAGCAACUUUGGAGGAUGCACAUGCAAAGUUAGAGUAAGUCCAGACAUUGCUAUCCUGUUCCUUCAGAAAUUGGCGCUCGAUUCAAACGCUUUGAUUACUAUAACGUUGCUUUGCUGAUUUAAAAAAACACUGUGAUGUGUUGCCCUAAUUGCUACAAAACAAUAUAUUUGGCAUUGCAAAUUACCUUUUUCAAGUGUGUUUUACAAGUUUGGAGUCUUUGUGUUCUGUUAAUAGAGAUUAUAAAAAGGUAAAUACGUUUUCUGUUUACUUUCCCUUUUUUAUUCCUCCUAUCUCUUCAUUUAAUCUCUUUUGCAUUCUGUGCCGAAUUUGUCAUUAAAUUAAAUAUUCUAACUGAUAUGCAAUUUAGUUUCUGUACUUUUUAUUAAUCAUUCCUCUGUCUAUUUAAGGAAUUGCAUAAAGGUCCUCGAUGUUUAGUUUAGUUUACAGAUACAGCGUGGAAACAGGCUCCGGCCGACGGAGUCACGCCGACCAGCGAUCCCCGCACACUAACACUAUCCUACAUACACUAUGGAUAACUUACAUUUUACCAAGCCAAUUAGCCUACAAACCUGUUCGUCUUUGGAGUGUAGGAGGAAACCGAAGAACCCCGAGAAAACGCCUGCAGGUCACGUGGAGAACGUACAAACUCCGUACAGACAAGCACCUGUAGUCAGAUCGAACUUGGGUCUCUGGUGCUGUAAGACCGCUGCACCAAUGUACAGCCCAACAGGGUGUCCAAUUGAGUCCACAGUGCUUUCAAGACAGCAACAUGCCUUGCAAAACACUUUUAAAAGUCAAUACACGUUUGUGGCUAAUGAGUGGCAUUGCUAAUAAUUUUCUGUUCCAGAAGAUCAGGCUUAUUGGUUUUUAUAAGUACAAAACAUAUGGGGUUUUUUAAGCCUCCUUUAGAAUUGAUACAGCUAUUACCAUCAGAAUUAGUACUGUAGAAAUGUUUACAGAUGUACAUAUUUUUCGUUCUAUUUGGGUCUGUUGAAAAUCGGCCCCAUAUUUUGUACAUUAGAAUGUAACUAAAACAUGGAAAAGUCACCAGGUAUAAAUUUUGUUGAUAGGAAUAAAAAUUGCUACUCUAAUUAA